UCCUUGACAGGCACGGCUACACCGAUCGUGGCGCAAUUGCCGUCACUCAACCACGACGCGUGGCCGCUGUCUCUGUCUCCAGGGUUGGGAGAAGCUCGACCUCAAGCUUCAAGCCAAUCACCAUCGGCUAAUUGGAGAGUUGCGCAUGAGUUAGGUGUUCAACUUGGAGAGGAAGUGGGGUAUGCCAUCCGUUUUGAGGACCGAACUUCAGAUAAAACUCGCAUAAAAUACCUGACUGAUGGUUGUCUCCUUCGUGAAAACCUUUCUGAUCCAGAGCUAAAGCAAUAUUCUGUCAUCAUAUUGGAUGAAGCUCAUGAGAGGAGUUUAAACACUGACAUAUUGCUUGGCUUGAUGAAAUGCUUGGUUCGGGUACGGCAUCUAGAUUUGAGGGUUAUAAUCACAUCAGCAACUUUGGAUGGGGCAAAAGUAUCAAUUUUUUUCUCUGAUUGUCCAAUUCUUGGGGUGCCGGGGAAGUUGUUCCCUGUGGAAAUAUUUUACAGCAGUGAACCCCCAAAAACCUAUAUUGAAUCUUCCUUGCAAAGGGCUCUUGAUAUACAUGUCAAGGAACUGCUGGGGGAUGUCUUACUAUUCAUGACAGGACAAGAAGAUAUAGAAAAUACAGUUUCAAAGUCGGAGGAGAGAAUCCGGAGUUUGGAGGAAGGCUCUUGCAUGGGUGCCAUAAGCCUUCCGCUUCAUGGCUCCUUGCCUCCGGAGAUGCAGGUCCAUCCAUCAUGUGUUCUGAAAUCAGAGGAUAGUGGAUUGUUACCGGAUUAUGUGGUUUACAAUGAACUUUUGGCAACUCCUCGUCUGUUACUUAGGAAUGUAUGUGCAGUUGAAAUGCCGUGGGUUACUCCCAUCUUUGGCAAGUUAGGAAACUUGGAUGUCAAGAAGCUCAGUGGGGGAUGCAAUGUUUCUGAGCAACAGAGUCCUCAGGGCACAGACCCCUUGAAGGUGCAAGCCUCAGUCAAAAAUGACAAUGGCAUUGCAUCAAAGGUUUCUGAUGACCACGAAAAGAAAAUCCAGGCUGCUAAAGAGAGAUUUCUUGCUCGGAAAGGAAAGAAAUAGUGGCCGUCUGCCGUCUCCAAUUUAUGCAUUAAAAGUGGAUCAAGUGCUUGUAAAUAACAGGGCUCUAGUGGCCUCAUAUCCCAUGUACUGAUAACAAGUCCUCGAAGUUUUUCUAAAUGCUUGAGCAAAAAGAAAGGAAAAAAAGAGAGAAUUUGUGAACCACACCUAAACUAUUGGCUAUUAAACAUUUCAUAGUUUAUCAAAUCACACCUAGUUAUAAAAUAUUGUGGUCCUAUUCAUUUCUCAGCUAUCGGAAGAGAAUGUAUCCAGCGUUUAUUUUUAAAGCUGAAACUCGGGGCAUCUACACUCUGAAAUAGUGCGCACCAGUAAAUGCAUUUAAAAAUUAUAUGGUUUAAAAUAACCAAAGUACCCAUGAAAGUUUAGGGGUAUUUGCCUUUUCUAAAUUAUUAGAAGCAAUUUUUUAUAAUAUUUUUAUCGUGUAUGUUGUAUUAUAAAGGUAAGGAUGCUCCAAAUUUCACAUUAAUCUUAUCUUACAAAGAAUGAAGAAUAAAACAUUGAGACAAACAUUCUACCAAGAUAUGGAUAGUUUAGUGUACGGUUAUUGUUUGAAAAAUGUAGUGUUCACAUAUAGGAAAUAUAUACAAUGGGACUAUUUACUUUUUUGAUAGAAGGAGGUUAUAAUUAUCAUGACCGUUGGAUUUGAAAUUUGGUGGUUGAGGAUAUGUUAUUGUUUGGGCACAAAGUUUAAAAUAUUUUUUUGAAUGUUCCACUUUCAUUUAUUGGAUUUUUCAUCUAAUGAGAAAAAGUGAUUUGUGAUCUCAUUGGAAGUAGUCUCAUACAAUCGCAGCAGGGGAUGAGAAUCAAACAGGAGGGCAAAAAGAGUAAGAUCAGUCCAAGAAUAAAUAAGGGCAUAGAAAGAGCAAGAGGAGGCUAAGAAUCAAGAAAUUGAAGGAGAGGGGAUGCCAAGAACCAAACAAUCGUAGCAGUGGACGAGAAUCAAGAGAGAGAAAGUGGGGAUAAGGAGAUGAGAGAGGGAGAGACGAGUCAAGAAGCGGAAGGUUGACGAGGAGGAGGAUGGAGCUAAUGCGUUGCAGAAGAGGAUGAUCAAUGGGUGGAAUUUUCAUGAGGAUUGUUUCGAGUUUGCCUUCGUCUAUCCCUCUCAAGAAGAGCAAGAUCAGGCAAAGAAUCAAGAAAUUCAUGAAACAUGGGCAUAGAAAGAGCAAAAUCAGGCCAAGAAUCAAGAAAUUGAUGAAAUAAGGGCACAAAAAGAGCAAGAGGAGGCCAAGAAUCAAGAAAUUGAAGCUGAAGAAGAGAGAGAGGAGGCCAAGAACCACGCAAUCACAACAGGGGACGAGAACCAAGAGAGAGAAAGUGGGGAUCAGGAGAUGAGAGAGGGAGAGACGAGUCAAGAAGGCGGGGCGAUGAUUCCUGAGUUAGAGAGGAUUUUCGAGCACUCAGAAGCUCAACGUUGGUGUUUGGUCAGAUUGGUGGAUAUGGUCCAGGAAGGAAGGAGAGAUGUUGAGCUCUCGGAUUUGCUCAGGAACCUGCGAUUGGAGUCAAACUGCUUACCAGCGAGCUGGAGAUCCUCACGCGUCAAUUGGAGGAAGCAACAGGGGCAAGGCGAAAUGACCAACCAGACGUGGAAGGUGCCAACCCUGAGCCUCAAGAACCCUAUUUCGAUUCCCCAUUUUGCCCCUAGCUUUUUCUACUAUGUGCAAGACAAUUCCACUGUGACUCUUUGUUUGAUAUGAAUAAGGAAUUCUUUUGAUUCUGAAAUCCAUAUCCUUCAAUUCAUAGAGACCACCCUCCUGUGUCAGUAGUACGAAAUAUGGACAUUUUUUUCUAUAAUCCAUUUGCCUUGUAUGAAGAAGCAACAACCCUCUCCUCCGCUCUCUGUCUUUUGUGUAUGUAGUAUGGAAUUGCAGCAGCACCAUUGCAGCAGCAGCAGCACCAUGAACCAUUUUGAAUAGAAUUCCUCCUUGCAUUGCAUGAAGUAGUUCGAUUAUUUUGAUUUUCCUCAUUGUGUUGUGUAGAAGCAAGAAAGCAAUGUAAUGAAAGAUCUUCGGCUUGCUACUUUA